UUUCCAUUUUACGUUGUUGUUGUUAAAAAAAAAAAAAAAUUCGCAAAAAAGUUGUAGUUUUGAUUUUUUGUCCUAACUUCGUUUAAACUAAAUCAGUGAAAGAUAAAAGGUUUAAUCUGGUGAAAGAAGAAUAGUAUCUGCUGGUGUUGCUGUUGCUGCUGCUGUUGCUGCUCCUGCUACUGUUGGAAGAGUUCAUUUGUAGAAGAAGAGCUAGCAAGUGUGUGUAUAGGUGGAGCGUGUGUGUAUAUGUGAGAGAAAAAGAGAAAGAGAGAGAGAGAAAGAGAGAGAGAGAAAGAGAGAGGGGUUAUCGAACGCUGAGAGUUUUAAGCCAUCUUUUCUUUUCCAUCAUCCCUUAACCAAAGCAAACCAUUUCUCUCAUCAUACUUGGUGUCCCGUUUAUAUUUUGAUAAAUUUUUUUUAAUCGUAUAUAUAUAUAUAUAUCUCUAUUUGUUAUCAAACGAUCAUAUCGGUAUUUAACUUGUAACCUCCCUUUGUGUGCGAUAAAACAAAAGGAUGAUUUUCCGUGAGGGUUGAACCGUGGCAGAAAGCGUCGAGGAACAACAUGAACAACAACAACACGGUGGAGUGUGCGUGAACCGUGAGACAAAAGAUAGCUGGGUAAAAGUGUUUUUACGGGGCAAAAGUAGCCCGGCUAGCGAGCAGGCUCCGGGACUCGAGCAACAGGAAAGCACAAGCCCGAUGCCGGAAGCUUCGGGAUCGCGGGUGGUCGACGAGUCGGAUUUUUCGACUUUCGAAAAUAAAACUGGUCUUGCCGAAGACAUGAAGUUCUUGGCAAGUAUGCCAGAACUUUGCGAUGUCACAUUUCUCGUCGGUGACACCAAAGAGCCUGUUUGCGCCGUCAAGGCUGUCCUCGCUGCCAGAAGUAGAGUUUUUCAUAAAAUGUUAUACCAAGCGCCGAGUCCUCAACGAAAAAAAGAACCACCAACCAGAGAAAACAAGAUACGACUUUUUUUAAAGAGAAGCUCCGAACCACUGUUAAAUUUACAAAACGCGGCACAGCAGCCUCAAUCAAAUCAACAUCAUACUCUCAUCAUUGAGGAGUUCGAGCCGGAUGUUUUUCGUCAACUCAUCGAGUAUAUUCAUACCGGUUGCGUCACCCUACAACCAAGAACCUUGUUAGGUGUUAUGAAUGCCGCUGAUUAUUAUGGAUUGGACGAACUUAGAAAAGCCUGCGCUGGAUUCGUCCAAUGUUGCAUAACCGUCGAUACUGUUUGUGCAUUAUUAGCAUCGGCCGAACGUUAUAUACAAUACAAAUGCACCAAAUCUUUGGUACAAAAGGUAUUAGAGUUCGUGGACGAACAUGGGAACGAAGUGUUAAAUUUAGGAUCUUUCACUUUACUGCCUCAACACGUUGUACGUUUGAUAUUGGCAAGAGAAGAAUUACGUGCUGACGAAUUUACCAAAUUUCAAGCAGCCUUGAUGUGGAGCAAGAAAUAUUACGAUAGUAAUCAAGAUAUUCCAUUGAAGAACAUAAUUGGAAAUUUUCUUGAAUAUAUUCAAUUUCACAAAAUUCCAACGAACGCUUUGGUAAAUGAAGUUCAUCCAUUAGGAUUGGUACCUGACAGUAUCAUUAUGAAUGCAUUAGCAUAUCAGGCAGACCCAACCAGUGUCGAGCCCGGGAAACUCUCCCCCCCCAAAGUGAGGAAACAAGGCCGUAGUAUGUCGGUCCAAUCAUCGUUGGAACCAUAUGGUAGCAAUACAACUUUGAGCUCGAGCGGUUCUGACACUGGUUUCGAACGUAAACAGCACUCUGGUAGCAACUAACCUCAGGCCACGGCCGCACUGACAGCGGCCGUUUCGGAUGAGCCUCGACGCGAGGAUAUUAUCACUAAUGGCGAGAAUGAAAGAGGUUUAUAUGAGCAACAAAGAAACGGUGAUGAUGCUCCGACCGAUGCUGAGAUUGAAGAAUGGGAAAGGAAAAAAUUCCAACGUAAAGAAGAAGAAGAACGACAACAACAACAGCAACAGCAAGAGCAGCAGCAGGAACAUCAACAACAGGAAGAUGAACAAAGACAGAAAGAACAGGAAGAACAACAACAACAACAACAAUAUGAAGAUGAACAGCAACAAGAACAACAGCUACGAUUAAAAGAAGAAGAAAAAAUAGAAGAAGCAAAGUUGAGAGAAGAAAAGGUGGAACAACUGCAAUUUGAGGAACAAGAAAGACAAAUGCAACAACAACAGCAA